GGUCUCAUAGCUUUUUUUUUUAAAGAUGGCGGUCAGGCCAGUGAUUACGAUUCAAGGAGACCUUGAUCUCAUUGGUCCUGUCAUGCAGAAGAGGCUUCAGAAGCAAUUCAAAUCUUUCCAAAGGCCAGACUAUUCCAAAGAUGAAAAAGCAUUUGCGUCUUUCUGUCAAGGAAUGGAGUUCAAGGAUUUCCGUGAUUUUUACAAUUCCCGUACUAAAAGCUCUUACCCUUAUCUCAUCCACAAGGAACCUUGCCUCCACACGUACUGGACUGGCUGCUCAGAGGUCAGUACUUAUGUCAGCUCUGUAAAGCCAAUGAUAGAUCAGUGGAUAGAUGAGGCCACUAAGAUGGGAGGUGAUGACAAACUAGUGAUAGUAUUCUGCAUCACUGCUGAGGUGAGGAGCAAGAGAUCUAAAAUUAAAAUGCUAUCGAGUAAAUACGAGUCAGUAGAGGAAUAUAUUGUGAAGGAUUACCGUGGGAAAUGCAAUGUUACUAAUUUGCGACUAGCUUCAGCUGAUGAUGCAAGAAUCGCAGAAUCAUUCAAUUCUUAUUCCCUUGAGAUUAACAGACUAGCUUUAAACAAUUUCCUAUCUCGUCUCUCAGAGGUAAGCAACGAGCUAAGGGACAAGAGGAUCAGGACUGUCCAUAGCGACGAAGUUUAUAGUUUGAUUUGUAAGAAGUUAUCAUUGUCAGUUUGUUAUGAGAUGAUUCGGGAUCCAUUACAAGCCUCAACGCGUUACACUUCAGUUCAUGAUGAUCUUGAGUUUGCGAUCACAAUCCUCUCAAAAAAGGAUGACACUCCUUCAUGGCUGACGAAGCUACAGAAACAAGAAAUAAAGACCUGGGAUUACCCUAAUCUCACUAAUACUGAUAUAUCAUGGAAGUAUUUAUCAAAUAUUUUAGACAAUAAUGCUCACAUUAUUCACAUUUGGACUUUUCUUUUCGUCCGUCGAAUUCACACCCUCUGUGGGCGUGGUCUUGUACAGGAAGUGUACAAGUGUUGCAUAGGAACACUUCACUGUACUGCAAGACUAAUUAAUUUAUUGAAGUUAUCAUUGCCCGAAGGCGUGUUCAAUUCCUGGGCCUACAUGUCCUGUAUUGAGUGUGUUGAGUCUAUGAUGGUCAAGAUUGAUCCUGAAGUGUUAGCCAAAACAGCAUCAACUACACUAGUACUGGUUAGGGCUGAGCUAUGGCAUUAUGCAUGGGAGAAGUUACGCUCAAUAGGUUUAUUGUGUCACCUCAUGCCCGGCUCUCUCUCCUCUUUGCCCAAUCAAGAACUGAUAUCAACGAUAUGCUCCGGCAUAACUUGUGACACUAGUAACGGGAGCAAGGCAGAAGACCUGGGAGCACGUUUGGUUGAAGUUUUGCAAUCGAAAGAAAAAUUUAAGAAUGCUUUCAUGUCAUUGGGUGAGAUGGUGAUUGGUGCGUUCAAGCAUGCUGGGAGACGCCGUAUGGCUUUUAGCAUUGGAACAAGAAUGGCCGAGUUUCACAAAGGUGUUGGUAUGGUGAAGGAAGCUGAACAGUUGCUGUGUGACGUAACUAGUCUUCACUCAGUCCAGCACUGGCCACAGUUAUCAUCAUCAGCUUAUUCAAUACUAGCGCACUGUCAGCAAAAACUGAAGCAAGAAGACAAGGAAGUUAAUUCUCUUCUUGUUCUCGUGACCACGCCCAAGCACGAUAACUCCGCCCAUGGUCCCGCCCAGUACAUGGACCAACUGAUACGGAUAGCAGACAGGUCUAAAUACCAGAAACUGUUGUCAUGGGAACCGUUGUUUGAACUAACCAGUCUUAGCUACGUAGGAGGAGGGAAGAAAGUGGGCGGAGUUCGGGGUGGGGCUUAUCCCAAUCAAUAUCGUAAAGGAGAGGAAAUUGAAUUAAAAGUUGAUUUCAGAUACAGUGGCCCAAAGGAAAUGAAGUUAACGAUGGUCUCGGUCAUAUUGGAGCCGGAAACAAAGGUGUCGAUGGUUUCCAUAGCAACCAGCAAGACCCCAGCUUUCAAAGGAUCGCUAGAAUCGUUACAAGAGAUAGAACUAGAACCAGGUCCGCCUGAGGAUGUACUACUUUCAUUUCGACCAGUUGGAGGUGACAUGGGUUCCAAACUACAUAAAGUUUAUUAUUCUUCCUCUGAAUUGAGUGGCGAGGAGGGUAUUGUCAAGUAUAACAGUGUGAGGCUUGAGAUGAGAGGCCUGGUCUGUCAGCCUGGAGCUAACAACAGCACUAUUGUGAAAGGAAAAAUAUCUUCUUCUGGUAAUUACAAUAUUCAACAGAUUAUCAUGAAGGCUGGUGCUCUGGACUUUUGUCUUGUAGUUCCCUCAAAAACAGCUAAGCUCCACCCACUAACGAUAUUACCUGAUAAAGUCAAUGUCUCAAUUGGCCUCAAACCUCAUCAAAAUGUGAUACUAUCAGGCAUUCCCGUAUUAUGUGAGUUAGAGGUCAACGUUGAAGAGGAUACCGUUAUACAAGAAGGGGCGGAGCUAUCUCUAGUGGCUCCGCCCACUGUACAGGUUGAAUCAAUAGACGGUGAACCAACAGUGGAUUAUCAUCAGCUACUCUUUACUCUUCCUUCUCUCUCUUCUCCAACGAAGCAUCGCUGCCUUCCUUUUGACAUGACAGUCUCCUCCUUAUAUCAGACCAUGCCCACUGCACUUGGUUGUCAUGAUGGUGGCUCGUCUGUUGGAGGUGAGGACCUUCUCUCUUGGCAGUUUGAAUUGGAAGUAUACUGCAACUGGUUGACUCCGCCCCAUGUUGCUAGGCUACCACUAAUGGUACAUGAGCCUUUUAGUUUCAGUCACAGAGAACUAUCGGCUGGAGAAAGGUAAACAACAAUAACAACAAUGA